AUGAUAAAUUACUGUAAUGAAAAAUUGCAACAAUUUAUCAUUAAUUCUACUUUAAAAGAAGAACAAGCGAUAAUCAUUAAAGAGGGCCUAGAAUGGGUGAAAAUAGAUUAUUUCAAUAAUAUAGCAAUAUGUCAAUUGUUAGAACAUGAGAGUCACGGCAUAUUGUCGUUAUUAGAAGAACCUCAUGUUCAGUGUGAUGCUGCAUAUCUAACUAGAGUAGAACAAUGUUGUGCUGGUCACUCUCAUUGUUUAGCAGCUGAUUCUCUACUGCCAUUACAUAGUUUUCAGAUUAGGCACUAUGCCGGCGCUGUAACAUAUAGUGUCCAUGGUUUUGUUGAAAAAAAUCGUGAUACUUUGCCGAGAGAAGUCUCCAGGGCAAUGUUUCGCUGUGAUCACCCGAUAAUCCCCAUGCUAUUUCCUGAAGGUAAUCCCAAAAGAUGUAAUCCUAAAAGGCCGGUUUCUAAAUCAUUUCAACUUCAAGUAUCAUUAAAUUCAUUAUUGAAAGAGCUGAGCGGUAGACAGGCACAUUACAUCAGAUGUUUAAAACCUAAUGAAAUGAAACAACCGAGGAUUUUUGAGAUGGCUCUUAUCCAACACCAGGUCCGGUAUUUAUGUUUAUUGCCCACAGUUCAAUUGUGGCGUACAGGCCACUGUUAUCGUUUGCCCUACAUUUAUUUCGUUUCACGAUAUAAAAUGAUUUCUGGAAACACAUGGCCGCGAUGGCGAGGUUCUCCGAUUGAGGGUGUAUCCUUAAUUCUCAGGUCACUACCAAUACCAAGCGCUGAAUUCACUUUCGGCAGGACAAAAUUGUUUGUGAGGAGUCCUAGAACCGUUUUCGAAUUGGAAGAUUUUAGAAAAGCUAGAUUGCAUGAUCUAGCCAUGUUGAUUCAAAAAAUUUGGAGGGGUCACAGGGAUAAGAAAAAAUACAAGAGAAUGAAGCAAAGUCAAGUGAUAAUAGCGUCGGCUUGGAGAAGUUGGAGGGCUAGGGAGGAAUUUAGAAUAUUAAAACAUAGAAAAGAAGUUGAAUGGGCAACUAGGAUUAUUCAAAGGCAUUAUAUCCAAUGGAAACGACGACAGUUUUUGUUGAAUCUCUGUAGAAUUUUACCAGAAGACGCAGAUUCUCCGGUUUGCAGAGAAUGGCCUCAAGGAACGCAUAGGUUGAUUGAAUGUAGUACAUUGUUAAAUAAAAUACAUCAUAGGUGGCGUUGUCACAAAUUUAGAAUGAAAUUCGACCAAACCGCAAGGAAUCGCAUGAGGGAAAAAGUCACAGCGAGUUUUAUAUUUAAAGAUAGAAAGUGUUCAUAUCCUAGAAGUGUUUCUCAUCCUUUUGUGGGAGACUACGUUCGUUUGAGGCAGAAUGUGCAGUGGAAGAAAAUGUGUCUGGAAAAUAAUGACCAAUAUGUAGUUUUUGCUGAUAUUAUUAACAAAAUUACCAGAUCUAGUGGAAAAUUUGUUCCAAUUCUUCUGGUCAUAUCAACAAGGUCAAUGCUGGUGUUGGAUCAAAGGACGUUGCAAAUCAAAUAUCGAGUGCCUGCUACCGAAAUUUAUAGAAUGUCUUUGUCGCCGUUUCUUGACGAUGUGGCUGUGGUUCAUGUGAAAGCAUCAUCCCUAGCAAAUCCCGAAACGUCUAGUGCCUCAUCUGACCAGACGAGCUGUCUAUUUCAGAGCGAUCUGAGCAAGAAGAAGGGAGACUUCGUGUUCCAAACUGGCCACGUCAUAGAAAUUGUUACCAAGUUGUUUUUGGUUGUUCAGAACGCGACUGGAAAGCCUCCGGAAGUCAACAUUACCACCGAAUUCGAGGCCAAUUUCGGUUCGCAAACGGUCACCUUCACGUUCAAAUGCGGCCUACCCGAAGUCCAACCGGGCCAGAUAAGAGUUUUAAGGAAAGGCAACAAAAUGGAGGUACUUGUUUGA